AUGCUGCCCAUGCUGCCGUUCCACCGCGCGGAGGCCUCUGGCGGCGCGGCCGCCAGCUACCGCGGCCUCUGCAGGGCCGUGGAGGACAGCUGGUCCGCCUGCGUGCGCUUCCCGGGCGCCAAGAUCGGCGCCGCCUGCGGGCACUGCCGCGUGGGCCACGCCCUCGGCCUCGUGCGGGCGCGGGCGGGCACGUGCGACGGCUGCCUGCGCUCCGUGGAGGAGGGCGAGUGGGUCUCCGAGUGCGCGCCGUGCGCUUGGUACCUCUGCCACAGGUGUCAGCUGCAGCAGUGCUCGCAGUACUCGGAGAGCGAGACGCUGGAGGAGAUGCUGCAGGAGCUCUUCCGGCUUCAUGACCUGAAUGGCAACGGCGCCCUCGAGGAGGAGGAGCUCGUCCAGCUGAAUUCGAAGGUCGCCAUGCUGCACCACGGCAGGGACUCCGACCUCGAGGCCGUCAAGGCUAAAUAUCGGGCGCUCUUCCGGGAGAAGCUGGACCCGCUGGGCAGGCCCGUCGGCUACGCCACCUUCCGCGGGUAUGUGCAGCAGGUGCUCCAGGGCCUCGACCGGAACCUCACGGCGCAGGAGAUGAUCGUGGAGCAGUUUGUGGCCGAGGCCGGCUCGGCGCGGGCAGCCUUCCGCGUGCCCUCCUUCGCGGAGUCCGCGGACGGCGCCUUCCUGUCCAAGCUGUCCCUGCACAGCAGCCUGCUAAUCCCCAGCGCGAGCGAGGCGGCCGGUAUCCGUGGACCUCUGAUCGUGUCCGAGCCCUCGAGCACGCCGCACCAGAACAGGCUGGAGAAGGCGCGAACGCAGCUGCCUUCCAUGGAGCUGCUCCGUUCGGACCUGGUUGGUGGCCGCUGCCUUGCUGGUUCGCUCGAGGGUGUCACGGAUGACGAGGUGGAGGCCAGUGGGGUUUUGGACGACCUGAUGGAGGCUUGGUGCUCCCAGAACUGGUGCACUGACCGCCAUCAUGAGUGCGCUGAUGACCCGUUCUGUCGUGGUGACCUGCGCGGCGACAUCGAUGAGGCGGGCUAG